GAGGAGGUGGCUAAGAGAGGAGCAGAAACAGCGGUAGAGGCAAUAACAGGAGGAUGGGGAGAAGUAGGAGGACGCGACUUGCUGAUUCGGAGUCUUAACCUUUAUUUGUCCAUGAAUUUCCCAUUGUUUUGCGCGAGUGAUUGCGAAGGAGGACAGGUGUUGGCUCCGGGAGAGCGGCGCGGCGUCCCUUCUGCCGGCCAAUUAUAGAUGUGGACCGCUCUUUCCCGCCAUACCAUUAAAAGUUCUCUUUACAGCACUAUUUUUUCAUUAAGGCAAUUUAGUAAACAAUUAGUAAAAAUGAGCGCUAUGGAGAAUGGAGGUGGAGGUGGCGGUGGAAGUGGCGAAGGUGGUUCCAGAAAGAAAGAGAAGACCAUCGAGGGCAUUUACCAGAAGAAAACCCAGCUGGAACAUAUUCUACUUAGGCCUGAUACGUAUAUUGGUUCCGUUGAGCCAGUGACGGAACUAAUGUGGAUUUAUGAUCAAGAGAAAGAAUUAAUGGUUCAAAAAGAAAUCAAAUAUGUUCCUGGUUUAUACAAAAUUUUUGAUGAAAUACUGGUCAAUGCUGCCGAUAAUAAGCAGCGUGACCCCAAAAUGGACACUAUCAAAAUUGAUAUAGACGCUGAGAACAAUACAAUUUCGGUUUGGAACAAUGGAAAAGGUAUUCCUGUAGCAAUACAUAAAGAAGAAAACAUGUAUGUCCCAACCAUGAUAUUUGGACAUUUAUUGACAUCGUCAAAUUAUGACGACGAGGAGGAGAAGGUGACGGGUGGCCGAAACGGCUACGGAGCUAAGCUAUGCAAUAUAUUUAGUCAUCGUUUUACAGUCGAAACUGCGUGCAAAGAAUACAAGAAAUCCUUAAAACAAACAUGGGGCAACAAUAUGGGAAAAGCUAGCGAGGCAAGGGUAAAAGAAUUUCACGGUGAUGAUUUUACAAAGGUUACAUUUUCGCCCGAUUUGUCGAAAUUCAAGAUGGAAAGAUUGGAUGAAGAUGUCGUUUCUCUUAUGUCAAGGAGAGCUUAUGAUGUAGCAGCAUCUUCAAGGGGAGUAAAAGUCUUUUUAAAUGGUUCAAGAAUACCAAUAAAGACUUUUAAGGACUAUGUGGAUUUAUAUAUUAAAGGCAAGGAAGACGAUACUGGCAAUCCAUUGAAAAUUUCUUACGAAAACAGCGGACCGAGAUGGGAAAUUGCUAUUACUUUAUCAGAUAAAGGCUUUCAGCAGAUGUCUUUUGUCAACAGCAUAGCAACGACAAAGGGAGGUCGUCACGUUGAUCAUGUGACGGACCUGAUAGUGAAACAACUCAUAGAAACAUUGAAAAAGAAGAACAAAGCUGGCGUACAAAUUAAACCUUUCCAAAUUAAAAAUCACCUUUGGGUAUUUAUUAAUUGCUUAAUUAAUAAUCCAACUUUUGACUCUCAGACAAAAGAGAACAUGACGUUGCAACAAAAGAAUUUUGGCUCUAAAUGUACCCUUAGUGAAAAAUUCAUUACCCAUGUUACAAAAAGUGGUAUAGUCGAAUCUGUCUUAUCUUGGGCCAAGUUCAAAGCUGAUAGUCAACUUCAAAAACUUGGACCAAAAUCAAAGCAACGAAAACUUCAAGGUAUACCAAAAUUGGAAGAUGCUAAUGAUGCUGGCACCGCCAGAUCAUUAGAUUGUACGCUGAUCUUGACUGAGGGAGACUCAGCUAAAAGUAUGGCUGUGUCUGGUAUCGCCUCAAUUGGUCGCGAUAAAUACGGAGUUUUUCCUCUUAAAGGUAAAAUAUUGAAUGUACGAGAAGCCACGCAUAAGCAAAUCCUCGAAAAUGCCGAAAUUAAUAAUUUGAUUAAAAUUCUUGGAUUACAAUAUAAGAAAAAAUACGAAAGUAGAGAAGAUUUGAAAACCUUGCGUUAUGGUAAAAUUAUGAUUAUGACAGAUCAGGAUCAGGAUGGAUCUCACAUCAAAGGUCUGUUGAUCAAUUUUAUUCACUAUAAUUGGCCAUCAUUAUUAAAGCUCAACUUUAUCGAGGAAUUUAUUACUCCGAUUGUAAAAGCGAGAAAAGGAAAUCAUGUCUUAUCGUUCUUCUCGUUGCCUGAAUUUGAGAUGUGGAAGAAGGAGACGGAAAACUUUCACACGUAUAAAAUCAAAUACUACAAAGGUUUGGGUACGUCUACCGCUCAAGAGGCGAAAGAGUACUUCGAAAACAUGGCUCGCCAUCGCAUUCGCUUUAGAUACGAUGGUGAUCAAGAUGAUCAAAACAUCAUAAUGGCCUUUAGUAAGAAGUGCGUUGAUCAGCGUAAAGAUUGGCUGACUAAUCACAUGGAGGAAACGAAGCGACGAAUAGAAAUUGGCCUUGGCGAGCGAUACCUUUAUGAAAAAGAUACGAAAGCCGUUUCCUUUUCCGACUUUAUCAAUGUCGAACUUGUACUUUUCAGUAAUUACGAUAAUCUAAGAUCGAUACCGAACAUGAUGGAUGGCUUAAAGCCUGGACAGAGGAAAGUGUUGUAUACCUGUUUCAAGAGGAACGAUAAGCGCGAGGUGAAAGUCGCGCAGUUGGGUGCGUCGGUUGCCGAGCACUCGGCUUAUCAUCAUGGAGAAAUGUCCCUCAUGGCUACGAUUGUUAAUUUGGCGCAGAACUUUGUCGGAAGUAAUAACAUUAAUCUUCUACAACCCAUUGGUCAGUUCGGCACGAGGUUAGUUGGUGGCAAGGAUUCCGCCAGUCCUCGUUACAUUUUCACGAUGCUCAGCCCCCUGGCGCGUUUCAUUUUCCACAAGCACGACGAUGCGCUACUCCGUCACGAAUACGACGACACUCAGAAAAUCGAGCCGACGUACUAUGUGCCGAUUAUUCCCAUGGUGUUGGUGAAUGGCGCCGACGGGAUUGGCACAGGGUGGAUGACAAAAAUCCCCAAUUACAAUCCCCGCGAGAUCAUUGAGAAUCUGCUGAGAAUGAUGGAGGGUGCCGAUCCCAAACCUAUGGUACCGUUUUACAAAAAUUUCAAAGGAACGGUAGAGAGCUGUGGAGAUUUCCGGUAUGUUAUCAGUGGUGAAAUAUCGAUCAUUGGCCCUGAUAAGGUGGAAAUCAGCGAAUUGCCAAUCGGUACAUGGACUCAGGCUUACAAGGAAACGGUUUUGGAACCUAUGCUUCAUGGAUCAGAUAAAACACCUCCAAUGAUCACAGAUUACAAAGAAUACAAUACCGACACAAUGGUUCAUUUCAUUAUAACAUUGCAACGAGACAAAUUAAGCGAACUGGAACGAGAUGGUCUUCACAGAGCAUUUAAAUUACAAACAACAACAUCCAUAACGUCUAUGUGCGCAUUUGACGAUAAGUUAUGCUUGAAAAAGUUUGACAAUGUACUUCAAAUAAUGAGGACAUUCUUCAAAGUGCGAUUGGAUUUGUAUCAAAAGCGUAAGGAUUACCUUGAGGGCAUCUUACAAGCAGAGUCCGCGAAAUUAUCUAAUCAGAGUAGAUUUAUUAUGGAGAAGUGCGAGGGAAUCCUUAUUAUCGAGAACAAGAAGAAAAAGGAGCUGAUUGCCGAGCUCGUGAGACGAGGAUACGAUUCGGAUCCUGUGGUAGCGUGGAAAAUGACACAAAAUCGCGAAGCGGUCCUGGAAGAGGCUGCUGAAAAUGAAGACGACGAAGCUUCUACAUCCGCCAUUGCAAUAGAGAAAGAAAACUUUGAUUAUCUGCUGGGCAUGACCCUAUGGUCAUUGACCAAGGAAAAGAAAGACGAGCUAUUGAAGCAAAAGGAUGAUAAGCUUGGGGAAUUGCACAGGUUGCAAGCGCGUACUCCAUUAUCUUUGUGGAAAGAAGAUCUCGAUAAUCUUCUGAAAGAGCUGAACAAUGUCGAAGAGAAAGAGAGAAAAGAAGAGGCAAAAUCUAGGAUCAAGACAAAGAAACCUCCACAAAAGAUCUACAAAGAGGAGGAUACGCGCAGAGUUUUACCGAUUAUAGAUACUGAAUUGAAGAAAAAGAUUGAAAAGGCUGAUAUUGUAGUAAAGGACAAGAAAGAGGGUAUUAAGAAAGAACGCAGGGUGAAGAAGGAGAAGAGCAUCGAGGAGAAGGAUGAGCUUGAUGUAUUGAUCGAAAGUAAUGCCAAAUCGCUUGAUGACAGAUUAGGCUCUUCUCCAGAUAAAAAGGGUAAAAAGGCGGGAUUGAAGCAAUCAAAAUUACCAUUCAAACCAGUGAAAAAAGGCAAGAAGGAUAUAGAUAAGGAAUUCGAUAGUAACAGUGAUGUAGAGAUCAACUUUGAAUCUCUUUCACCCCCUCCACCGCCUAGAACACCACGACGAGCUGCUGCAGUUAAAAAGAAAUAUACUCUUAGUAGUGAUGAGUCGGAUAGUAGCGAAGCUGAACUUCACAGUCUUGGUUCGGAUACUGAAAAACCUGUAACGAAAGUCGCUGACUGUAUGGAUAGCGAUUCCGACGAUGAAUUCAAAAUUAAAAAGGAGUCACCCGAAGCGAAACCAAGCUCCGAAGAAUUAUUCGACUCUCUAGUUUCCAACUCACCCGACAAACAAAUGGAUAAAUUACACAAACCUCGCAUCUUUAUAAGCUCACCCGACGAUUCGCCAAUUAAAGUUACUCCCAAGAAAGCGUCUUCUAAGAAGAAGGCCGAGAACGGCGAAGGCAAGCUAGCGAAACGACCAUCGAAGAAAAAGGCAAGUAAAUCAUCGGAAUCGGACUCGGAUGAAAUGUUCUCCAUGAAAAUAUUCCCGGUAAAGAAGAAGAAGAAAAAGAACGAUGAUUCGGACGAGGUUCAGUUGGUCGAGGACUCGCCACCGCCAAGAAAGCCAGUGGGCCGUUCCAGGAAGCCAAUUUCUUAUGCAAUAAAAUCCGACGACGAAUCGGAUUAAGCCCCAUGUACAAUAACAAUGAGGGUUGAUAAAAAUUCAGCAUUGCGCUAGAAAUGAACUUUUUGAAAUUGUGACGCUGAGGACGCCGACGCCAC